UGGCCUGCGGACCAGGGGCGGGCGGGCGGGCGCGCCGGCGGACGGCGGGCCGCGCUGGCGGCCACGAUGAUGGAGAUCCAGAUGGACGAGGGCGGCGGCGUGGUGGUGUACCAGGACGACUACUGCUCCGGCUCGGUGAUGUCGGAGCGGGUGUCGGGCCUGGCCGGCUCCAUCUACCGCGAGUUCGAGCGCCUCAUCCACUGCUACGACGAGGAGGUGGUCAAGGAGCUCAUGCCGCUCGUGGUCAACGUGCUCGAGAACCUGGACUCGGUGCUCAGUGAGAACCAGGAGCACGAGGUGGAGCUGGAGCUGCUGCGCGAGGACAACGAGCAGCUGCUCACCCAGUACGAGCGGGAGAAGGCGCUGCGCAAGCAGGCCGAGGAGAAAUUCAUCGAGUUUGAAGAUGCUUUGGAACAAGAGAAGAAAGAGCUGCAAACCCAGGUGGAACACUACGAGCUUCAGACGCGCCAGCUAGAAUCGAAGGCCAAGAACUAUGCAGAUCAGAGUCAGAAGAGGCCGAAGCUCCCACCCCACAGUCCUCGCCAGGAACUGACGGACAGCCAGGCAACCCCUCUCAAGGCCAGAGCAGAGGUCAGACGUCCCUGGAUAGAGCGCCUUCCUCGGCAGCCAGUUCUGUUUUCCCGGUUGGAGGAGCGGGAGUCGGAGAUGAAGAAGGAGUACAACGCUCUGCACCAGCGGCACACAGAGAUGAUACAGACGUACGUGGAGCACAUCGAGAGGUCCAAGAUGCAGCAAGCGGGAGGCAGCAGCCAGACCGAGAGCAGCCUGCCGGGGAGGAGUCCGCGCCAGUCGUGGAGGAAAAGCAGGAAGGAGCGUCCUGCCUCUCUGAACGUCUUCCCCCUGGCCGACAGCAUGGUACGUGUGCAGACGGGGGGCAAGCUCGUGCCUGCGGGGGACCACUGGCACCUGAGUGACCUCGGCCAGCUGCAGUUCAGCUCCAGCUACCAGUGUCCACACGACGAGAUGUCUGAGUCGGGCCAGUCCUCGGCAGCCGCCACACCCAGUACCACAGGCACCAAGUCCAACACGCCCACAUCAUCUGUGCCCUCUGCCACGGCCACACCGCUCAAUGAGAGCCUGCAGCCCCUGGGGGACUACGGCUCCGGCACCCAGAACAGCAAACGUGCCCGGGAGAAACGCAGCAGCCGCAACAUGGAGGUCCAGGUCACACAGGAGAUGCGGAAUGUCAGCAUAGGCAUGGGCAGCAGUGAUGAGUGGUCUGAUGUUCAGGACAUCAUCGACUCCACCCCAGAGCUGGACACGAGUCGGGAGCCCCGUCUGGACCGCACAGGCAGCAGCCCGACCCAGGGGAUCGUGAACAAGGCGUUUGGCAUCAACACCGACUCCCUGUACCACGAACUGUCAACCGCAGGGUCCGAGGUCAUCGGGGAUGUGGAUGAAGGGGCCGACCUGCUAGGGGAGUUCUCAGUGCGCGAUGAUUUUUUUGGAAUGGGCAAGGAAGUGGGGAACCUGCUGCUGGAGAACUCGCAGCUUCUGGAGACCAAAAACGCUCUGAACGUGGUGAAGAAUGACCUCAUCGCCAAGGUGGACCAGUUGUCUGGGGAGCAGGAGGUGCUGAAGGGGGACCUGGAAGCUGCCAAGCAGGCCAAACUCAGGCUGGAGGGCCGCAUCAAGGACCUGGAGGAGGAGCUGAGGAGAGUGAAGUCGGAGGCCAUCACUGCCCGCCGCGAACCCAAAGAAGAGGUGGAGGAUGUGAGCAGCUAUCUCUGUACAGAACUGGACAAGAUCCCCAUGGCCCAGCGACGCCGCUUCACACGGGUGGAGAUGGCCCGCGUGCUCAUGGAGCACAACCAGUACAAGGAGCGGCUGAUGGAGCUACAGGAGGCCGUGCGGUGGACGGAGAUGAUCAGAGCCUCCCGUGAGCACCCGUCUGUCCAGGAGAAGAAGAAGUCCACCAUCUGGCAGUUCUUCAGCCGCCUCUUCAGCUCCUCCUCCAGCCCCCCUCCGGCCAAGCGGGCCUACCCCUCCGUGAACAUCCACUACAAGUCGCCCACCACCGCCGGCUUCAGCCAGCGCCGCAGCCACGCCAUGUGCCCGAUCUCCGCCGGCAGCCGGCCCCUGGAGUUCUUCCCGGAAGACGACUGCACCUCCUCUGCGCGGCGCGAGCAGAAGCGGGAACAGUACCGCCAGGUGCGCGAGCACGUGCGCAACGACGACGGGCGGCUGCAGGCCUGCGGCUGGAGCCUGCCGGCCAAGUACAAGCAGCUGAGUCCCAGUGGGGGCCAGGAGGACACUCGGAUGAAGAACGUGCCUGUCCCGGUGUACUGCCGUCCUCUGGUGGAGAAGGACCCAACCAUGAAGCUAUGGUGUGCCGCGGGCGUCAAUCUGAGCCGGUGGAAGCCAGGCGAGGACGACUCUGGGAGUGCUGUCAGGCCUGUGCCAGGCCGUGACCCCCUGACCUGUGACCGAGAAAUGGAAGGAGAGACCAGGAGCAGCCACACAUCCCCCGAGAAGAAGGCAAAGGAGACCCCGGAGGCGGACGCCACCUCCAGCCGGGUAUGGGUCCUCACCAGCACGCUGAGCACCAGCAAGGUGGUAAUCAUUGAUGCCAACCAGCCAGGCACUGUUGUGGACCAGUUCACCGUGUGCAAUGCCCACGUCCUGUGCAUCUCCAGCAUCCCUGCGGCCAGUGACAGCGACUACCCUCCAGGGGAGAUCUUCCUGGACAGCGACAUGAACCCUGAGGACUCCGGUGCAGAUGGCGUGCUGGCCGGCAUCACCCUCGUGGGCUGUGCCACCCGCUGCAACGUGCCACGCAGCACCUGCUCCUCCCGAGGGGACACCCCAGUGCUGGACAAGGGCCAGGGGGAGGUGGCGGCUGUCGCCAGUGGGAAGGUCAACCCAUCUCAGUCCACGGAGGAGGCCACAGAGGCCACAGAGGUGCCAGACUCUGGGCCCAGCGAGGCAGAGGCAGCUACAGUGCGGCCUGGGCCUCUCACAGAGCACGUCUUCACUGACCUGGCCCCCACCCCAGGCCCCAGUGCCCAGCCUGGCAGUGAACAAGGGCCAGAAGCCGAUGGAAGUGGUACGCAACCCAAGCCGCAGCCCAAUGGAGGCUCUUCAGGGCCCAGUAGCAGUGCUGCGCCAACCAUGUGGCUGGGAGCCCAGAAUGGCUGGCUCUACGUGCACUCAGCUGUGGCCAACUGGAAGCAGUGUCUGCACUCCAUCAAGCUGAAGGACUCCGUGCUGAGCCUGGUGCAUGUGAAAGGGCGGGUGCUCGUGGCUCUUGCAGACGGGACUCUGGCCAUCUUCCACCGAGGUGAAGAUGGCCAGUGGGACCUGAGCAACUAUCACCUGAUGGACCUGGGCCACCCACACCACUCCAUCCGCUGCAUGGCUGUCGUGUACGACCGUGUCUGGUGCGGCUACAAGAACAAGGUGCACGUCAUCCAGCCCAAGACUAUGCAGAUCGAGAAGUCAUUCGAUGCCCACCCAAGGCGGGAGAGCCAGGUGCGGCAGCUGGCGUGGAUCGGUGACGGGGUGUGGGUGUCCAUCCGCCUGGACUCCACACUGCGGCUCUACCACGCCCACACCCACCAGCACCUGCAGGACGUGGACAUCGAGCCCUACGUCAGCAAGAUGCUGGGCACGGGCAAGCUGGGCUUCUCCUUCGUGCGCAUCACGGCCCUGCUCAUCGCGGGCAGCCGCCUCUGGGUGGGCACUGGCAAUGGAGUCGUCAUCUCCAUCCCGCUGACGGAGACCGUGGUCCUGCACCGAGGCCAGCUCCUGGGGCUCCGAGCCAACAAGACAUCUCCCACGUGCGGGGAAGGGGCCCGCCCAGGGGGCGUCAUCCAUGUGUACGGCGACGACAGCGGUGACAAAUCUGCCAGCAGCUUCAUCCCCUACUGCUCCAUGGCCCAGGCCCAGCUCUGCUUCCACGGGCAUCGGGAUGCCGUCAAGUUCUUUGUGUCAGUGCCAGGGAACGUGUUGGCCACUCUGAAUGGCAGCGUCCUAGACAGUCCAUCCGAGAGUCCAGGGCCUGCUGCUUCUGCUGCCGACGCCGAGGGCCAGAAGCUGCAGAACGUGCUGGUGCUGAGCGGUGGGGAAGGCUACAUUGACUUCCGCAUUGGCGACGGAGAGGAUGACGAGGCGGAGGAUGGUGCAGGGGACGGGGUCCAGGUGAAGCCCAUGCUGUCCAAGGCUGAGCGCAGCCACAUCAUUGUGUGGCAGGUGUCCUAUGCCCCCGAGUGAGGCUGUCACCCCACUGCCUCACCUGAUGCCAUAUGUACAUACAACCCCACCUGCUGCCCACCACCCGCCCACAGGCAGCCAGGUGUGCUCCACCCUCUUCUAACCUCUCAACCUGCAGCUUUCACCUUAGGUCUGGGCCUCCUCGUGAGCUGGCAGGAGCGGCCCACAGGGUAUGGGCUGGGAGGGUGGCGGGGAGUGGGGUAGCAUUCUCACCAGGUUGGGGCAGAACCUCUCGGGACCCCUUCCCCAGCAGCUCCUGGCUGGUGCCCAACCCAAAGUCCUCAAGUCACAGGAGCACUUCAGGGCCAGAGCCAGGCAGAACUCCAGGGUGGGUCAGGCUGAAGGAAGCCCCUGCAGGCGGUCCCCAGCCCUACCCCGGGCUCCCCACUACCCCUAUUUCUGGAACCCUGCGGGUGCUUCACCACACUGUCUUCCCACCCUGACCCUGCUUGCCUUUGCCUGCUGCCUGAAGGGGUGGGGGUCCAACCCUAAGGGGGGCCAGCUCAGCCACUGGCCUUCCCUGGGCUCCCCCCGCUCAAUCCCUGCCAUCCCGGAACUGGCAUGAUAGCUCGUAACGAGGCUCCCUGGGACAGCUGCUCGAGAAGACACAGGUGCCCUCAUCCUGCCCCCCAGUGGGGCAAGCUGUCACUGGCCUUCACCUGUGUACUCCCCAGCUUUCUCCGGGCAGGAGACCCACCUUGAAGGAGCAGGUUCUGGAGUCGUGCCCCUCCCAGAAGCCCCCAGGGUGGGACUUCUUAGGCUGCCAGGGCUGGAGUUAGUCCUAGAACACAGGUCCAGCCUCAGGGUGACUGGCACGGUGUGCUUAGCGCCUGCCUCCCAUGCAGUCUCUGAGGGGCCUGGCUCCCAAGACCUACUAAGUGCCUGGGGCUGGCAGCAUGGCCUGCUCCCUUGAGGACAGUGGACUAGUCUGCUAAGGGCCAAGGACAGGAGCUGCCUCCAGCUGGCUCUAGGUGUGCACCCACCUGCUUUGAGGGGCAUUACCCUGGCCUGCAGAGCCUCCCCCACCUGCCCAGGCCUAGGCCUUAUUCCUGCUCGUAGAGGCACUAGUCAGAGCAGCCCAGGCCCUGCUGCCCACCCACCUCCCACCAGAGAAGCACAGAUCUUGGGCAGCCUCCCUCGAGUCCAGCCAGCCACUGCUGCAGCCGUGUGCACCUGCAGGCUUCUCCUGCUACCCUGCCACUCUCCACUGUGAUGUAUGUCAAGUCCCUCAUCUGUUCCCACAGGGCCAUAAAGUGCCGGGUGGGGGGGGGGGAGCUG